CCAAUAGGUGAGCGGCUCCUGGUGCGUAUCCCCGCGUCUUCCGCGUCCCUCUCGCCCUGCGCUGGAGGCCGCGCUCGCGGAAUUAUGGAUCCGAGCCUGCUGAGAGAACGAGAGCUAUUCAAAAAAAGAGCCCUCUCCACUCCUGCUGUAGAGAAACGUCCCGUAUCCUCUUCUGAUUCUUCAUCUUCUAAAAAGAAGAAAGUAAAAGUAGAGCAGGGUGGAUCAUCAAGCUCAAAACAAAAUGCAGAUCACAGUAAUGGGUCAUUUAAUUUGAAAGCCCUUUCUGGAGGCUCUGGUUACAAGUUUGGUGUCCUUGCUAAGAUAGUGAAUUACAUGAAGACACGGCACCAGCGUGGUGAUACGCAUCCACUAACUCUAGAAGAAAUUUUGGAUGAAACGCAACAUUUAGAUAUUGGUCUCAAGCAGAAGCAAUGGUUAAUGAGCGAGGCUUUAGUCAACAAUCCCAAAAUAGAAGUUGUAGAUGGGAAAUAUGCUUUCAAACCCAAGUACAAUUUGAAAGAUAAAAAGGCUCUGCUCAGGCUUUUGGACAAGCAUGACCAACGAGGACUGGGAGGAAUCCUAUUGGAAGAUAUUGAGGAAGGGCUGCCCAAUGCACAAAAAGCUAUAAAAGCUUUAGGGGACCAGAUCAUCUUUGUUAAUCGCCCUGAUAAGAAAAAAAUUCUUUUCUACAAUGACAAGAGUUGCCAGUUUACAGUAGAUGAAGAAUUUCAGAAAUUAUGGAGGAGCAUUCCUGUGGAUUCUAUGGAUGAAGAGAAAAUUGAAGAGUAUCUGAAACGACAGGGUAUUUCUUCCAUGCAGGAAGCUGGACCAAAGAAAAUAGCUCCCAUUCAGAGGAGGAAGAAACCUGCUUCUCAGAAGAAACGGAGAUUUAAGACUCACAAUGAUCAUUUGGCUGGAGUGCUGAAGGAUUAUUCUGAUGUUGUUCCUGGCAAACAGUGAACAUUUGCAGUUCUAAAGCAAGCAUAGGUUUAUUUAGGCUCUUUGCCUCUUGAGGUCAAUGUUGGCUGGAAGAAAGACUGACUGUAUAUUGUAAUGUGGUGUGUCCCCCCUUUCCUGCAGCUGUCACAGUGAAACCGUUCUGACUAGGAGCAAAUACCAAUAACCCUAUUUAGGGUAUAAUUUAACUAGCUAGUGGAAAUGUGACUUUGAGUAAGAGGUAUUCACUGACAGCCUUUCAGUAUUAAGGGUUCCUCAGCAUGUGAUGCUAGAGUUCCUGUUAAAUGCUUAACUACACAUUUGAAUCAUUUAGUGGAUAUUUUCCUGGAGUGGGCUUGCAGGUAGAAUUGGAUACAACAUUUGUUUUAUCUAUUUCAAGAGGACAUAUUUAUAACAAAGUUGCAAAAGCAUUUCUUUUAAAGAGAUAAGGGCAUUCACAGUUUGUAUAUUUCUACUUUAUCUUGGAAUUGAGCUUUAUUGAAAGUUGAUGUCUAAGAUGAGAAUUCCCAUCAGGCUGCACAGUGGUUAUGCUGUUAAUCAGAAAUCGUCCUCAGGACAUUGCUGAUGACAUCCAUGUAGUGCAGUGGUGCCCACUUUUUUUACCCCAUGGGCCAAAUGAGCAGCGCCAGGUUGGUCGUGGGCUGGAUUCCAAUCCCACCACUCAGAGCCUGAAAAUUUGGUGAUGGAGGACUAGUGAUGGUGUUAAUUGCCACCACUCCCCUGCCAGCAAAUUUCCAGAACAGUGGGGAGCCCCACAGACCAGGUGACAUGGCUAUGCAGGCUGGAUCUGGCACGUAGGCCAGGGGGUGAGCACCUGUGCUGUAGUGGAAUGCCACAUGUUCCACAACUUUGAAUUAUGAGAUUUAAGAAAAUGAAAAUAUAAUGCUAAGGUUUUUGUUUUUUAAUAAAGCCCAUAAAGAUGAUGUCCCUAUAUAUUGUCUUCAUAGACAAGUCUUGUAAAAGAGAUGACCAGCAUCUUUCGGGACUGUCACAUUUUCCCUCCCAAGCUGAAGUAAAGGAUUUUGAGUGAAAAGAUGUCAAGUGCUAGUUCAUCUUUGAUGCUGUUCUCUCUCUUUCUUUUUUUCUCUCUCUUUUUUUUUUUUAGGCAGGGGGCGUAGCACCUUAGGUGUGCAUGUUAUAUGUAGUUUACAAUAUUGUAUGUUAUAUCUUUUGACUAAUAUGAAACUUACCAGUUAGACAUAGUUUGGCUAACUUUCGAUUUUACAUAAGGAACAGGAAGGCAAUUGGUACUAAUUUUGUUUUCAUGGAAUCACAAAUGAGCAGCAGAUGACAUGCUUCUUGAAGGAUUUUGCAGAAAGUUAAAUGAAAGAGUGACUGAUAGUUGUUUUUAAGAACUCAUUGCACAUGUGGGGAAAUGUCUGAAGUUCUUUUCAUUCAAAGAAAGGUGUUCUCCCUUUAGUUCACUGUAUUUUUAGCCAGCUUUUUCAGUUUAGCUCCAUCCACAUGGCUCUGGGAGCAAGCUAAUGGUUACUUUUACACCUUAAUUGUUUUAAUGAUUUCAGGUGAGGAUGGUGAUGAAAUCACAGUCAAAACAUCCGUCAGGCGUUUUUACUAAUUAGUUACAGGGAAAAAAUAGGGAAAUAAAGAGCAAACAGAUGUUUUUUUCAUUGUAAGUAAGCGUUGUCAGUGCUCAACCAUAAUGUUUUGAUUGUGGCCUUGGAGAGCUGACUCGGGGCCAGCUAAGAUCAUAUUGGAAAGACCAGGUAAAAGGUAUAGUCCUACUAAUGGAAAAGGUUUCCACCUUUUUCCCAGUUGCAACAGCUAUCUUGCACAGCAUUGGAGACAACGAAGCCCCAGUUGCAGCUAGCUAAGUUAUAUAGUAAAAGCUGAGAAAUACCAUGCACUGAAGUUCAAGUAAGUGUCAUACCUGUACUUUUGAGUGGAAAGCAUAGCAAAGCCAAGGAAUGGACAAUCCUAAAAGAAACAAAGAACUUAAGUGCCACAUUGGGUCAGACCAACUGUCCCGGUCCAUCUAGUCCAGGAUUCUGUCUCUGUUAGUGACAGCAGAGGGUGGUUUAGAGUGAGAGUAUGUGUAUAGGGCAUGUCUAGUGUCCUCCAUCCCCUGUCAUAUCCUCCCUGGCAUUCUUGAUCAUUGGUUUAGCUGCGCCAGAGGAUACACUACUGACCAUUGUGUUUAAUAGCUAUUAAUGGAUCCAUCAUCCAUCAAUAUGUCCAACACGAGGCUAAACUCCCAUCUUUUUGAGUUUCACUUGAGUAUCACAGUCUGAGAACCCAACCAAUCUUUUCUGAUAAGCAGUGGUGGUCUCAAACUAUAUCAACAGGAAUCUAGUCUUGAACACAAUGUAAAUAAGGUCCCAACAUGCGUUGGACUGUUCAUAGCUUGACAGUUAUGAUUUUAGGCUUCCCCUUAAAGUUUAAAGUAGGAGUUCAUAGUCCUUUAAAGCCUUAAAUCUGUUCCAGUUUCUGUCCUGGAGGUGGGUCAAGUCAGCAAAUCACAGAGGAGAGUACCUACUAAGGCAGGGCUGGGAAGACCUUCAGCCUUAUGGCAAAUCUUUGGCCUCAGUCCAGUGGCAAUUAUACAGGACUCAACUGGGCCAGUUCCCCACAUGAGCAUGCAGCACAAUUUACGGGGCUUUUGUUUUUCCAUAAAUUUUAGGCAAACAUUUUAGGACCCAGAGGUCUGUGGGCCUGGUUUUCCUUCUCUCAACUCUGCUUAGCUUGAGUCUCCAAGCUGGCAAAUUUAACUUUGGUUUCAACCAAGCUGCAAAGCUGCAACUCAGCAACAAGAGAUGACAUAAAGGUCACUUUGACUGUAGUCCAUUCUUGGCAAAGAAAAAGAAGUCUGGAGAUCUCGUCUGGAUAACCAAAGUCAAAACAAGAAAUGGGCCAACCAAAAUAAGGAAAUUUGGCUUAGGAAAAAAGGAAUAAUAGUCAGCAAAACUGACCCCCACCUAAGAAUGAAAAAAGGUAUCAACAGCUAGAAAAUCUGGUAAAUUUUAGUUAAGAGUAAUCCAAUAUGGUAAGCAGAAAUAGGCUUAUUAAUAUGCAUUAACUAUAUGAUAAGAAAUGUGGUAUAUGAGGAGAAAAGCUCGCACUUCAGAGCCCCUCCUGCAGAGAUCCUGACAGCAAUCCAAGAAAAUUUCACGCUGUACAGACAUCAGACCUUGGAGCCGGGAGUCCCUGGAUGAGACUUUACAGACUAAUCAUCCAGUGUUGUCAAAUUUGUUGUACUUUGGGGCAAUGAGCAUGUUGUAUUACUUUUGACUAACCACUAUAAUAGAAUUCUAAUUGCUAAAAGCUUAAUAAAUUUGUUAUUGGUUAAGGA